GUCUAUUUCUCUUUCCGGCGAUAGGAUCGAAGCGACGCGUACCGGAACGGACCCUCUAGUUGGCUUCUAUAGCUCUCUAUGGUAAAUUGGACUGAUCGGCUGGGCGGGCUUAUUCUCACUCCAAUUGAUACCUUCUCUUGGCUACUAUGGCGCCUCCGAAAGAAAAUGUCAGCCUACUUUUUAAAUUGUACUGCUUGACGGUGAUGACCUUAGUGGCUGCAACAUAUACAGUAGCGUUACGAUAUACAAGAACAACCGGAGCAGUUCUGUACUUUUCAUCCACAGCUGUUUGCAUUACAGAAGUUAUCAAAUUGUUCCUAAGUUUGGGCAUUUUAGCAAAGGAGACAGGAAGCCUGGGUAAAUUGUCAAUGUCUUUGAAAGAAAAUGUUUUAGGCAGUCCUAAAGAAUUAUUGAAAUUAAGUGUUCCUUCAGUUGUGUAUGCAGUUCAGAAUAAUAUGGCCUUCCUGGCUCUCAGCAACUUGGAUGCAGCAGUUUAUCAGGUGACAUACCAGCUAAAAAUCCCCUGCACAGCCUUAUGUACUGUCCUGAUGCUGAACCGUAGUCUUAGUCGAUUGCAGUGGUUCUCAGUGUGUAUGCUGUGUGGUGGAGUCACACUUGUGCAGUGGAAACCAGCUCAGGCUACUAAAGUUCAGAUGGAACAGAAUCCACUGCUAGGAUUUGGAGCGAUAGCAAUUGCUGUUCUAUGUUCAGGAUUUGCAGGAGUGUAUUUUGAGAAAGUACUAAAAAGCUCUGAUACAUCUUUAUGGGUGAGGAACAUUCAGAUGUAUCUCUCUGGAAUUGCAGUGACAUUGCUUGGGGUCUACACAGCCGAAGGAACUCAAGUAAUAGAGAAAGGAUUUUUUUAUGGCUAUACGCCUUAUGUCUGGUUUGUCAUCUAUUGUAGCAAGAUAUGAAAACUACUUUUCAGCAAUGAAACACAACCAACAAAACAUUUGGAGAAUUCAUAAUCUAAAGCUUCAAAUCAGACUUUUUAUUUUCAGUGAUGAGACUGUGAGCAACAUACUUUAAACUGUGUGUUUUCUUUUUCCUUUCCAGCUAUAACUUUCUCUCUGGGGGCACUGCUUGUCUGUGUUUCAAUAUAUCUGUAUGGAUUGCCUCGACAAGAUACAACAAAAAUCCAGCCAUCAGAAACAAAAGCGUCAAAAGGGAAUCUUACUAGUGUGUGAUGUCUGUCUUCAUGAAGAAUAGAAAGGCAAUGCAAAAUAAAAGAGACAGUUUGUAUGCCUGUCCCUACCCUCAAUUUUCUUUUUGAAAGAAAGCCUUCAAUUCUUCAUGGAAAGCUUCUGAUGGAACUAAAAACAAAGUCAGUUGUUCAUUGGAUGAAAAUCUACACUGGACGGAGAUUCUUCACUAAUCUGUAGAAUCUCACUUUUCCUUAUAAACUUUGGUCUUUUGCUAUUGAAGAUGCCUUGUGUGGAAAAGAAGGAAUGGGAGGCACAGUUAUACAUAAAUAGGGAAAUGGCCCUGGAAUUUACUCUUUAUGUUGUAACAUUGUAUGUAGGCUUUGUUGCCGGAAAUGCUUUGUGUUUGCAAGGAAAGGGUAAUUCAAAUUUAAAUGUGACCAAAACAACAUAAAAUUAUGUUGGAAGGAAAGCAUCUUUUUCUCCAUGGACUCCUGACAUGAAGAUCCAGCCAAGUGCUCUAUUGCUUUAAUGAUAAAAAAACAUCGUUACAAUAGAAAAAAAAACACAGUGACAAUUGUGAAAUAGAAGAAUGCUGUUACUGGAGCUUUAAAACUGAAAAUGGUAAUUUAUUUUUUAAUAUCCUAAAGCCAGGAUCACAACUUUUUGAAAAACCA